AUGAUUUUGUUGGGCCUGGAAUCUGAUAAUCGUGCCCCGGCUACGAUGCGCGGACUCGGGCCGCCGAGAGCGGUUUGGCUUGGCGCGGCCGUUGGUCUGGCCUACAAUCUGAAGCUGCAUCAGAACCGGAGUCGGGGAAAGUAUGCCAAUGGAGAUUCGGAUUCCGAUGAGAGGCUGGGCCGACGGGCAUGGUGGGUCCUGGUGAUCUUGGAUCGCUGGCAUGCGAUAAGCACAUCCACUCCGUUAUUUAUCCCAGAUUCCAGUGUUGUUUUAGUACCAGAGGACAAUCCAUUGCUUGGAUCAGUCCCAUUUCAUGUUGCACGCCUAUCUUGCAUUUUGGGACAUCUGGCAGAGGCGUUUACCACCUCCGAUGAAGCUGUUUCGGCAGCUUUGCAUAACCCCUUUAUUUCUAAGCUACUACGUGGCGAGCUUGAGCGGUUCCGUGAAAGCGUUGAUGGGAUAUGGGGUUCGCCGAACCUCCUCCACGUGGCAUAUUACCAUGUUAAGCUACUCGUACUGAGGCACAAUCCCACCUCCGAACCACACCAGCUUCUAGGGCCGGCCUCCAGGGUUGUCACGAUGCUUGCGAGCCCUAAUACACCAAUAACUCCACUCAACCAUCACUUUGCAGCUCUUGCACUGGUGACUCUCGUGGACCUUGCUGAGGUUCAGGAGACAAGAGAGGAUGCUUUGAAAGGUAUUCAACAGUUGGCCGAUGCCUUGGAGCAACGAAGGGGCAUUGCCACUGCCGAAGAUAGUUUCGGAUGGGAUAGGGCAAUCAAAGACCUGGUUAUACGUAGGAAGAUGGACAAAACUGGUGGGUCCGGCGGUGGACCCCCUGAAAUUCCACCUGGCCAUGGCAGUCUCCAGCAUUUGGCCGAGCUAGCUGUCGGAGAGCGAAGUCCCAGGGACACCACAGACCUUGUGAGAAUUAAGCAACUCGAUACCGAAACGCUCCAACGGCACGGGUAUCUCGGAUCAAUACUGCUGUAAGGGGAAAUACGUUAACGGUGCAUUCCUCCAAUCGAAAAAAGCAUGGAAAAAUGGAAACAAUACCACGGCGGCGGAGAAAAAAAACGAAAGCAAGAAAUCUCUGGAUAUGGGCGUUUAAACCUUCUGAUUUUUGAUUUUUGCGGGAGCAGCAAAGGGGAAGGGGGGCUAAGGUUAUUUGAUUUCACCCUGGGUUUUGCGGAAACAAAAUUCUUUAUUUUUCUUUUCUGGUACUCUUUCCUCUUAGCUUGAUUUGGGCUUCAAUUUUCAAUUUUUUCCCUCAAAUUCACGGAUCCGUUAUUCACUUCUUUCACCCGGUGCGAUGUUUAUUCCAUAUUCCUCCGUUUGGUCACGACAUUCUAAUUCUACCCUGGCCUUUUCAUCUUCAUCUUUUACUCACCUUCAACUUCAAUUUCGCUGGGAGGCCUGUAUUUUUUUUUUUUUUUUUACUCUAUUUUUUCUUCAUUUUCACCGCUGUAUCUUUUACCAUUUAUUAACAUUUCUUUUAAUCCCCUUCACCCCCGAAUCGGUCAUCAUAUCUCAUUCUAUCACAGCAGCGAGGUAGAUAGAUAGGUAAUGAAUGUCUACGGUAUUAGGCGGUGUCUGAAAUGAUACAUCUUUCUU